AUGAGAUUCGCUGCCUAUGCUGGGGCCUCAGUGGCUUUGGCAACUGGAGUCUUUGUGAAAGCACUGCAUCAGAGGGCGAACUUCUAUUCUGCCUGUGUUUACCUGUCGCAGAGUAGCGCUAAUCUCAUGAUAUUGACGAAUGUAUGCCUCCUGGCCGUUGGCUUUCUGCUCUUUUGGCUCCAGCGUCUUCUUUACGGCCCCCUUCGACCCAUCGAAACAGAACAGCUCUACGAGAAAGCGUGGUUUGCUGUGACUGAAACAUGCUUGGCCAUGACAAUAUUCCGGGGGGAGCUAGGGGCCUGGUUUCUGGUCAUGUUUGUGUCGUUGCUGGUCGGAAAAGUCUGGGGCUGGAUCGGGGAAGGUCGUGUGGAGUUUCUCGAACAGCAACCCCCCGCAAACCCGGUGCUGUUUCACAGUAGGCUGGCGAUCUCCCUGCUACUGUCGGUUAUGUUCAACAUGUUCAUGCUGAAAUAUUGCAUCGACACCGUCCUUGAACAAGCGCGCCCGGACAUGAUGGUGAUGUUUGGCUUCGAAUUCGCCGUCCUCACGAUCUUGUCAACCUCGACCGCCGCCCGGUAUUCGAUUUCGCUCGUGGAAAUUUAUAUCAAUCGUCAACAGAUGAAGGCCCGAAUCGAGGAGCGGCGUCAGGAGAUUAGAGCUGUUCGCGAGCAGGCACUGGCGGAGCACGCAGCGACAGAACAUCAUACCGCAAUCCCAGAUUUACCCGACGAAAAUGACAUCAAUGAGAUGGAACUUGAUGUUCCAGGCUGGGAAGAAAAAGGACGCUGGGUCUUCUAUCUGGACCUUCUAACGGACUUUCUCAAACUCACUGUCUAUUUGACUUUCUUUGCUAUUCUCUUUACAUUCUACGGCUUGCCCAUUCAUAUUCUCCGAGAUGUCGUUGUUACGAUCCGCUCAUUCGGCCGGCGCAUUAUGGACUUCGUCCGAUACCGAAACGCCACACGCGAUAUGAACGACAGAUAUCCCGACGCGAGUGCUGAAGAAGUUGCAAGGGAAGAGGUCUGCAUCAUUUGCCGGGAGGAGAUGACCCACUGGCAACCUGGAGACAGACCGGUUGCUCGAGUUUCCGAAAGAUUACGCCCGAAGAAACUACCUUGUGGCCACAUUCUACAUUUCUCAUGUCUUCGAAGCUGGCUUGAAAGACAACAGAACUGCCCCACCUGUAGACGACCGGUCAUCGCUCCUCCUCGUACCCAAGGGGCCGCCGGCGUCAACCCGGGGCAGGGGAACGGCGGCGUUGGACAACAGCAGAAUAUGCCUCCUGGAAAUCAACCAAUCAACCGGAAUCCCCCAGCCGAUGGUCUUCCUAGGGCUCGGGUAUACCAGUUCGGUCCGUUUAGGAUUGGGUUUGGCGCAGGAAGAGGAGAUCUCUUCAACAAUCUGCACCAACAGAUCCACCAGGGCAACGGUCCCUGGCAGCAGAAUAUCAAUCCUGUCCCAGCUGGAGCCCGGCAAAUAGGAUUCGGCUUCGGGUUUGGAAGGCCUCCGUUGCAACAACCGCCUGUAGCGGCCGCGCCUCAGGCGGUGCCGACAUCCACAUCGAAUUUGCCCAACUUGCAGAACCAACUCCUUCAGAUGGAGCAGCAUAUUGCAAAUGAAAUCAAUGGGUUACGCGUUGCCGCGGACCAGCUAAACUUAGUCAGGUUAUUGCAGACAGAGCUUCAACGCCUUCGUGCCUUGCAGUCCCAACCACUGGAGAACCAAAACAAUAUUCCCCAAACUCCGUCUCUACCAAUACCUCCAACAUCUCCUACAACAACGCGCAAUCAAUUCGUCUCCGACCCGGACACGCCGUCCAUGGGAUCCGGUGACCCUCGUCUACCAGAAGGGCUGACACUUCCGCAAGGCUGGACCCUGGUUCCUCUCCACUCUGCUCAACCAGGACUAAGCGUACCGUCAAACGAUAUCGCAAGCUCAUCUUCGCCGGGGAGUGAACGCAAUGCUUCAAUAAUCAAUGACACGCCCAGUCCCCAGCCACAAACUGAGGCUGAGAACCAAGGGACGAGUAAUAGCAAUGAUGCCGCGAGCUCCUCACGGACUUCAGGCCUACCAAACUGGCAGUCAGGACCCAGCUCGCUUACAGCUGAAGCCAACACCGAACCUAUUUCCCAACAAUGGACGGACCUUAGUUCAGAAGCUGAGACGAAAGUGCCUCUAGCUACUUCAGAUGCCGAGCAAGCCCAUAAUCGCAGUUUUGAGCACGGUGUAGAGUCUCAGACCGAAACCCAGGCAUCAGAGUCAACGUCCAAGGGAAAAGAGCGGAUGCCUACAGUUGAAGACGUAGCGGAUGACGAGACAUGA